GUUAAUUACAGUUAUUGUGGUUAUGCAUCACCCUGCCAUGAACAAGUGUCUAUCUAUCGAAGAACUCAGAACGGUCUCAAAGUGGAGAUUUCAAAGUGUAUCUCGUGGUGGACUUUGGCUGGCAUUUCCCUUUUUCACACCUCUUGUGCUGGCAUAAAUUAUAUUUGAUGGCGCAUCCACGCAACAAAUUACCCAAGCCCACACACGAGUCACAAAUAAUGCGUUUCUCCUCUGCAAUUGUCCUCCCCACCAUUGCUGCUUUAAUGACAUCGAUCUCGGCCAUGCCCACUACUAAUGACGGCAAAAAGUGUUCUAAGGCUUGCUAUAAAGACUCACAGUGCAAAGAGCCGGGCUGCUUUUGGAAUCAAUGUUCCUUGUUUUACUGUUCAGUCAGUCGUAUUUUUGCUUUCACGUCGGUGGAAUAUGGCCGUUGACACUGACACGCGAGUGACUAGUGAUUUGUAGAGUUGCGUCAGAAAAAAAAAUCAGUCCACUUA